AUGGCAGUGCUGGCACGAGGCUGUACCAGAAGUCUGGAACUGAGGGGCCAGCUUGAAAAUAGUGGUGCCGACGCCAGCUUCCCCUUGGCCCUCAUCCACCCGGUUCUUACAUUCUCUUAUCGUCUUGCGAUCACGGUAACUCGCUCCCACGGCCCACGAGGCACACCCACGACAGACUGUAACGCUCAGAUGGCGGAGAUGGGUAGUUUGGCCGGCAGUGCUGACCACAAUCAUCACAGCACCCUCGAGGUAGUCCCCGCCCAGGAUUCCAGCAAGCUCGCUUUCAACAAGAACGAUAAGGUAGCCUUCGUUCCCUCCCACGAACAUGACAAGAUCGCCGUCCCACCACAACCCUACGACGACGCUUCCCACUACCAGCAAGCCGACGCGGGCCAUUGGCGCCCACAAUCAACGCCCACGCAAGACGGAUAUACUUGGGAUGGAGACGCGUCAGACCCCUGGGCAGCGGGAGAAGGUGUGGGAACAGAGAAGAAAGAGAGGAUUCUUGGCUUAAAGAGAUGGGUCUUCUUCGCUGUUCUGGGGAUCGCUGCAUUACUCGUGGCCAUCGGCGUUGGCGUUGGCGUCGGCGUCGGAGUCUCGACACGUCCAACAAGCAACGCAGAAGCAGACGCCGCUGCUUCCUCGACAUCAGACGCCGGCAUUCCUGCCACCACCUCUGGCCAAAGCGCCACCGCAACCUCCAGAUCCCCGACAUCUUCAGCGCCGCAAAGCACCCCCUCCCGCCAGGUCGGCGGCGUCGGCGGACGGUGCAGCGAGAAUUGGGGCAGCGAUUGCAUCUGUCUGGACGAAACCGUCUGCUCCACCGCAUGGAACGGCACGGCGCAGACCGGCCGCAAGCCAGACUGGCCCUGCCCCAACGACCCCGCUUCCAUCAAGGCCUGCUAUGUGCAGCCCUGCAAAAACGCGGCCCAGCUGAGUUCUCGGUGUUUGUGGAGGGAGGACUGUGCCGAGUUGGAUCCGGGUAAGCGAUGCCUAGAUAUUCUUGCUCCAGCUCUGGAUAUCCGCUGCUCGUACAUGGAUGAGACGCUGACUUGCAAAUCGUACGAGUAG